AUGGAGACUGAUAUUCCAGAUACCAUCGCGUCUACGGCUGCAGAGACAGUUGACCUUCUGGAGACGCGGCUUUGUAGAAUCGAAUUCCUGCUUACGGGCCGUGCAACCUGGACUGGUAAACCGGAACGGCUUCCUGCACCUCCUGCGUCUGCGCGGGAGUCGGUUGCUGCUCGCUUGGCUGAAUUGGAACAUGGACUGAAAGUCUUGAGCUCGAAAGUUCCUGCUGUGCAGGAUGUGCUGAAACUGUAUUCUCGCUACCCCGACCUUUUCCAGAGCUCCAAUCCCGCCACCGUCCCCAGCACUCUCUCCACUCAAUCUCUCGCCUCGAUCGUUCUGUCUUACGCUACCGCCUUCCCCGAGACGGCUUCUCGACUAAGCUCACUGCAGGACCUACCCAUUCCGCCUGCAAGCGCAUCGACGGGCCUGAUUGAACUACAACCCCGAAUUGAUCGGUUACUCAAAGAGCAGGAAAAGCAGGCGAAUGAGGUGGCGGAGUUAAGGGCGAGAAGUGCACUGUUGAUGAAGAGAUGGUUGGAGGUGGGAAUUGUAGGUGGCGGUGAGGUUUGGGGGGAAUGGGAGGAGAAGGUUCGCAUGGCGGAGAGGGAAGUCAGGAGGCUAGAGGCCAAAAUGGUGAGGGAUGAGUGA